AUGUGGGACGUUUCCCAUGUCCCCAACCCGCCACCUGCUUUCAGUCCAAAAGUCUUUAAUCCAAUUUCCGAUCUUGACUCAUUCAAAUCUGCAGAGGCGGCCGCGAAGGAUACAAGUUGGGAGAGUCUUCUCACACCUGGAGGAGGCUUUAUACAGGUAGAAAAAGAAAAUGGAGAAGAGAUUGGCUUCGGGGUAUCGAUGUUCCAUCAACUUCAUUGUUUGAUUAUGAUCCGAAGCAUGCUGUUGGGUCAACCUAUGUCCCAUGCACACGAAGCUUCCGACUGGUCGGAGGAUAAUAUGCAUUGGCUACAUUGUUUGGACUAUUUGGCUCAGGCUAUUCUAUGUGCGGCAGAUGAUACUUUAGAGAAACCUGGUUUUACCAAGAAUUUCAAAGGCAAAUUGGUGGAAGGGAUAGAUGGUAUGAAUCACACACAUCAAUGUCGAAAUUCAUCUGAACUAUGGCAUACUGUCUAUGAUUCGGAGACAAAGCCCAGGAAAUCGCGAUUGCUAGGCCAGACUACAGUUUAUCCUAUUCCAGGGAGGGAUAGUGAAGGCAAAAAUUGGGUUACGAGCGAAAGCUGA